AUGCCGCCGGCGCGGCGACCCCGCGUUUCGUCGAGGCCGCCGUCCACUUCCUCCGCCGCGGCGGCGGAUGGGCGCGGUGGCAGAGGCUGGCUGUCCACCCUCCGUGGUGACCCCGCCAAACGUCCGCGCCGUGCCGACGACGACGACGGCACGCCGCUCAGCGACGAGGUUCUCCUCGUCAUCUUCGCCGGCGUGCACAACCUCGCUGAUCUCGUCCGCUGCUCCGCCACCUGCCGGCGCUGGCAUCGCCUGGUGUCCGCCGAAGCCGCCUUCCUCUGCCGCACUCCACGGCUCGUGCCCGCCAGGUUCAUCGCCCCCCUCGCGCUCGGCUUCUUCCACCACCAGGCGGACGCCGCGCCGGGCUUCGUCGCCAUGGCCUCCGCAUCGCGCCGCUUCCCCGGGCUCCUCCGGAACCCGCCGCCGUCCCUGGGCGCGCUCGUCGACAACGGGCUGUUUGACGGGUCUUCCCGCAUCGUGGCAGCCAGGAACGGCCUCCUCGUCGUUGACAUCCGGCACGGGAAGCACAACGGGGCGCUCAAGCUUUGCGUCUGCAACCCAAUGACAGCCGAGGACCGUGAUGACAAGGCCACUGACCCGCCGCCGCCACCGUCGUACUUCCGCCUGGUCAUGGUGUACACUCGACGUGGCUUCACUGCGUUCCGGAGCUACUCAUCGGACCAAGGCAGCUGGAGUGAAGAGGCAAAAAUGACCGGCUCUAGGCUCGGCAAGAAACAGAUGGGCUUGACACACAGUGGAGUCGUGAGCCGUGACCGCAAGCGAGUGUACUGGAUGGCCAAGAACGUGGUACUUGUUCUUAGCCUCAACCAUCUGCAGUCCGCACUGGUAUUCAUGCCUCGGUCUGGAAACGGAAAGAUCUUUGACAAAAACUCCUUGCUAGGUUUGUCACAAAAGGGUUUGCUGUGCGCCGUCCAGUUUGACCCACUGCCAGCACGUAUGAAGGCUGACCGCAUCUCCAUACGCAUAACCACCUGCACCGACCGUCGGUGGUGGGAUGAGAUCGAAUCAAUCCAGGUAGGACAAUCCUUGCCUGCCGAUGUGAUCAGUUUGAAGCUGAGGUGGUUCUGCGGGAAGAGUGGCUUUGUGUUCUUCACAGCCGUCACUGGGGACAGUGGCCACCGGAGAAGCUUGGUGUAUGCUCUGAGCCUCAACACACGGGCGGUUGAGAAGCUGGGGAGCCACGACGGUGAAGGUGAUCUGUGGGAGGGGCUUCAUGGGUACGAGAUGGAUCAGGUGGCAUACCUGGCAUCCCUUGCUGAGCCAGAUGGCCCGAAGGAUAUGUGA